GUGUGGCGCAUGGAGCGCGGCGCGGCUGCCAACGUGUGGCGGCUCCGCGCGACCGGCGGCCACCGCGACCGCCGCCACUCGCCACCGCGGGAGGACGGCGACCGCGACAUGGUCGGGAAGAAGCGUGGAGGGCCGCGGCGGCUGGCGCUGUCCGAGGCGCGGGGGGCGUCGCUGGUGCUGCUGUACCUGCUGGCGCUGCGGGCGCUGGUGCACGUCUCGCACCGGCGGCUGCUGAGCCAGCCGCCCGCCACCGGGCCCCGCGACUUCAGCGCCCCCCGCGCCAGGGGAUAUCUUGACAACAUAACAGCAAUUGGGCCCAGACCAGUUGGAAGUCCAGAAAAUGAAGUUCUUGCAGUUAACUACCUCUUAGAACAAAUUAGGGCAAUAGAAAGAGAAAGCACAGGUGCUCACAAGAUAUCUGUAAACAUACAGAGGCCCACAGGCUCCUUCAGCAUUGACUUUUUAGGAGGCUUUACUAGUUACUAUGCAAACAUAACCAAUGUUGUAGUGAAGCUGGAACCCCGAAAUGGAGCUGAGCAUGCAGUGUUAUCCAAUUGUCACUUUGAUUCCGUACCAAAUACCCCAGGUGCCAGUGAUGAUGCUGUUAGCUGCGCAGUGAUGCUUGAAAUACUUAAUACGCUUUCAAAAUCAUCAGAGCCCCUGCAACAUGCUGUCAUAUUCUUAUUCAAUGGUGCAGAAGAAAAUAUUUUGCAGGCUAGUCAUGGCUUCAUUACACAACAUGAGUGGGCCAAGUCAAUUAGAGCUUUUAUUAACCUGGAGGCAGCAGGUGUAGGAGGAAGAGAACUUGUUUUUCAAACAGGACCUGAGAACCCUUGGUUGGUGCAAGCAUACGUAGUUGCAGCCAAACAUCCCUUUGCCUCUGUGGUAGCACAGGAAGUAUUUCAGAGUGGUAUUAUCCCAGCAGAUACAGACUUCCGUAUCUACAGGGACUUUGGCAACAUUCCAGGAAUAGAUUUGGCUUUUAUUGAAAAUGGCUACAUUUAUCAUACAGAAUAUGACACAUCAGACAGAAUUUUAACAGAUUCCAUUCAAAGAGCAGGUGACAAUAUUCUAGCUGUCCUGAAAUACCUAGCAACAUCAGAUAAAUUGGCUAAAUCCUUUGAGUAUCGACAUGGAAAUGUUGUGUUCUUCGAUGUACUUGGUUUAUUUGUCCUGGUUUAUCCUGCUCGUGUUGGCACUAUCAUGAACUAUAUUACAGCAGUUAUUGCUUCUUUUUAUCUAAGCAAGAAAGUAAUACAGCCCAAAACCAGAGCUAUGCAUAACCUGAAGAAAUUCUUUACUGCAUUUGGCUUAACACUGAUAAGUUGGAUCUGCACACUGGUGACAGUCCUUAUAGUGGCAGUGUUUGUCUCUGUCAUCGGACGGUCUCUUUCUUGGUACACCCACUUUUAUGUUUCUGUGUUUCUGUACGGCACUGCAGCUGCAGCUAAUCUCAUCCUUGUGCAUACACUAGCCAAGGAGUUCUUCUACAAGAAUAUGAAUGAGCAGUACCUGGGAGAUCUUUAUUUUGACGCCUCUCUGAUGAUUUGGUCCAUAGCAUUGGCUGUGAUUACUCAGAUGGGCCUUUGUUCUGCGUUCAUUUGUACAUUAUGGGUGGCAUUUCCUUUACUUACAAAGCUGGUGAUCCAUAAAGAAUUCAGCCAAAAAGGUGCCACAAUGAAGUUUGUCACAAUGUACAUGCUCGGAAUGUUUGUUCCCUAUGUGUAUAUGAUGUAUCUAAGUUGGACUGUGUUUGAAAUGUUUACACCUAUCAUGGGACGAAGUGGGUCAGAAAUUCCACCAGAUGUGGUGUUGGCAGGAUUUAUUGUGGUCAUGACUAUGAUUCUAUCAUCCUAUUUUAUUAACUUCAUUUACCUUGUCAAAAGCACAAAAACGACUCUAGUAACUUUAACUGCCGUGUUUGUAGUCACUCUGAUUCUCGUUUGUAGUGGAAUCUUCUUUCCUUACAGUUCUGAUGCAGCUAAUCCAAGGCCUAAGCGUGUCUUUCUCCAGCACAUGAGCAGAAGAUUUCAUGAUCUAGACGGAAAUGUGGUUAAAAGUGACUCUGGUAUAUGGAUUAAUGGAUUUGAUUAUAAUGGAAUGUCUCACAUAACUCCCCAUGUACCUGAAAUCAAUGACACCAUUAGAACUCCAUGUGAGGAGCAGGCACCUUUCUGUGGUUUUCCUUGGAUUCUACCAGUGCAUUUCAUGUUCCGGAAAAACUGGUACCUUCCUGCUCCAGAAAUUAUUCUGAGAAGCCCAGUUCACUUCAAAGUUCUGUCCAGGGAGCUGAUGCCCCAGAACUCCGUAAAGUUAACCUUUGAAGUAUCUGGUCCCAGUCACAUGUCUCUCUAUGUUCGGCCAUACAAAGGCUCAACUCUCUCUACCUGGUCUUUGGGGGACGGUGUGCCAGUUGCCAGCUUAGGAGGAGACUACUUUGUGUUUUACUCUCAUGGGCUGCAGGCAACACCAUGGCACUUUUGGGUGGAGCUGACGGCUCCAGAAAAACAUUCUGAUGGAAUAGUCUCCGUCGCCAUAGCAGCACAUUACUUUUUUGGGGAAGAUCAAAAGUCCCCUCAACUCCAUGCCUUACUGGAGAGGUUUCCAAACUGGACGUUUCCUUCUGGUUGGUCCUGCACUUACGACCUGUUUGUCUUCUAAUGUUGACAGUAACACAGCACUAAUAGGGUAAUCUCUCUGAUGCAGAAUGCUAUUGCAGCAAACACUUUCUAAGAAGAUGGCAGAGACUUUCACAAGAAUUUGGCGACAAAUGGUGUUUCUUUGUCAGUUUGACUAUUUGAAGACUACUGCUAUCUUGGGGAUAUAGUGACACUUUGUGUCAGUGUGAAUACAGCUCACCUUGGUUCUUCCACUGAAAUG